UGUGAACAGGAACCCUCCAACCACAAUUCACACUAUGGCCAACUCCCGCUGCACCUCUUGCUGCCAGCCUACCUGCUGCAGGAUGACCUGUUGUAAGCCAACUUGUGUUACCACCUGCUGCAGCACACCUUGCUGCCAGCCCAGGUGUUGUGAAACCACCUGCUGCAGGACAACCUUCUGUAAGCCAACCUGUGAGACCAGCUACUGCUGCCAACCCAACAGCUGCAAAACGAUCUGCUGCAGGACCAGCUGCUAUAAGCCAACCUGUGUAACCAGCUGCUGCCAGCCCAGCUGCUGUGAAACCACCUGUUGGAGGACCACCUGCUGUAAGCCAACCUGUGUGACCAGCUGCUGCCAGCCCUGCUGCCAGCCCAGCUGCUGUGAAACCACCUGUUGUAGGACCACCUGUUGUAAGCCAACCUAUGUGACCAGCUGCUGCCAGCCCUGCUGCCAGCCCAGCUGCUGUGAAACCACCUGUUGUAGGACCACCUGUUGUAAGCCAACCUGUGUGACCAGCUGCUGCCAGCCCUGCUGCCAGCCCAGCUGCUGUGAAACCACCUGUUGUAGGACCACCUGUUGUAAGCCAACCUGUGUGACCAGCUGCUGCCAGCCCAGCUGCUGUGAGUCCAGCUGCUGCCAGCCCUGCUGCCAGCCCAGCUGUUGUGAAUCCAGCUGCUGCCAGCCCAGCUGUUGUGAAUCCAGCUGCUGCCAGCCCAGCUGUUGUGAGUCCAGCUGCUGCCAGCCUAGCUGCUGCCCAACCUGCUAUGAAACCACCUGCUGCUAGACCACCUGCUUUUAACCUACUUAGGUGACCAGCAGGUGCUUCCAGCCCUGCAGUUGUGAGUCCAGCUGCUGCCAGCCCCACUGCUGAACAACUUUCCAACUGAGCAACACCCAAUCAACUGUACUUCUGUCACACCAAUCUUGCCAUGUGGGUAUAAGCUCACAUCUGACUAUGAGGCUAUCACCACUUUGGAAGCCUGUCAGUCACCUUGGUGGAAUGCAAGUCCAUUCACUCUCUCUCUCCUUUUCUCUCUGUAUGGAGCCCAGUCCUCUGCUUCUCUUCUGAACCCAGAUCUUUAUC